AUGGCUAACUUAAAAUUUUUGCUGUGUUUGUUCCUGAUCUGUGUUACGUUGUCGCUGUCAUCAGCAUCUCGGCCAAUGCAGCAGCGGUUUGCAAACGCAGAGGGAAAGAAAGGAGGGCGUAUGAUGAGAGAAGCUGAAAAGGUGUUGAAAGCUAAUAUGGAGAAGCUAAUGGAGAGGGGCUUUAGCGAGUCCAAGAGACUUAGUCCUGGAGGUCCUGAUCCUCGUCAUCACUAAGUACUACGUACCCUCGUAUAUUUAAAUUUGCAGGGAUGUCUUUUCUUUUCUUGAUCUUGAACCGGUUUAGAAGAAAACAUAUUGAUCCGUUUUGUACGCAGCCUUGUUUGUUCGUUCGGUGUAACCAAAAUAAAUUGUGAUGUUCGUUACACGUUUUAUGAAUUGUGCAUGCUUUACGUACUCUAUACAUUCUACAAUAUACAAUAGUCUACUAGGACCGGAUUAUAUCAUGUUUCUAUGAAAAGAAAGUACAAAUAAAUAGUAUGAAAAGUGAGACUGAAAUAAUUUAAUUUAUCAUGUUUGUAUUCUAUAAUGGCUCGUGUAGAUAU